CGUGUGUGUGUGUGUGUGUGUCGUGUGCGUUCUUACUACUCCCCAUACCACUAUACCCGCUGCUCCUCCACUGCCGCCCACCCAUCUCCACGUCCUUCCUUAGGAAUUCCUUCUCUUUCCGCAUAAUAACCGACUGCUGCUCCUGUUGAUCUGUCUCUCUUCCUCCUCCUCCUGCUCCUCCUUCUCCUCCUCGCCGUUUUAUUUUUCCAUUUUUCCUGAUACGCAAAGCACUGUCUGCUUUGCUGCAUCUGGUAUCACUACCGUCGUCUGUCCAAUUAGGGAGGAGGACUCGUCGCGCGGAAUCGUGAAAAGUUCUGUGUGCGAUUGUUGUCGUCGUCAUUCGUUUUUCUCUCCUUUUUUUUUUUUCUUUAUCUUCUCAUACAAGAGAACAUGUGGUCUUCGUGAAAGAGAGACUCGUCGUGAUUAGAUCCUGAUUUCCCCCUUAUAAAAUAUAACGUGCUUCUCUUUUUUAUUUUAUUGUAUUUAUUUAUUAUACCUUUAUUUUCGUUUACCGUAAAGGACUUCGAAAAAAAAAUAUAUAGAACACAACUCGUUCUCGCCAUAAAAGUGUUAACGCUCGAUUUUUGUGAAGUGACUCGGUAAACUGUUGUAACAUGCUCCUGGAAAAUUUCAACAUGGCUGAUAUGGAUGGAAGGUACGUCGACGAUGGAUCUCCAGACAUUAUAGAGCUGGACCAGAAUGGCAGGGUGAUGAACAGUGUCCAUCGUGAGCCCGACCCCGACGCCAUCAAGAUGUUCGUGGGACAGAUUCCUCGUUCCAUGGACGAAAACGACCUUCGCAAGAUGUUCGAAGAGUAUGGAGAGGUCUACCAAAUCAACGUCCUCAGGGAUAAGGUCACCGGGCAGAGCAAAGGCUGCUGUUUCGUCACGUUCUACGCCAGAAAGUCCGCCCUCGAAGCUCAAAAUGCCAUGCACAACAUUAAAACACUUGCCGGGAUGCAUCACCCUAUUCAGAUGAAACCAGCUGACACUGAAAACAGAAAUGAAAGGAAAUUAUUCGUUGGAAUGUUAAGUAAACGAUACAAUGAACAAGAUGUCAGAGUUAUGUUUUCUGGACACGGAACAAUUGAAGAAUGCACAGUACUUAGAGAUGCAAAUGGGCAAAGUAAAGGCUGUGCUUUUGUGACCUUUUCCUCUCGUCAAUGUGCUAUUAAUGCCAUCAAAAAGAUGCACCAUUCACAAACCAUGGAGGGCUGUUCAUCACCCUUAGUUGUAAAGUUUGCAGAUACCCAAAAAGAGAAAGAUGCAAAACGUCUCCAGCAAGUCACUCAGAACCUGUGGAAUGUGGCCUCAGCCAAUAAUCUUGCAGCUAUUGGUCCUCAGUACUUGGCUAGAGAAAGAGAGCGGGGGCGAGAGAACGUUACUUCUGCUAACAACCUCGUAGCACUUGGGCCUCAGUAUCUGGCUGCGUACUUGCAGUUACUUCAGCAGCAGAUGGGCAAUUCAGCAAGUUCAGGUGCUACAGCUGGUAGUCUCACAAGCCAAAUGGGUAGUUUACAACAGCUGCCAUCCCUGAACAACGUUAGUGUACAACAGUUGCUCGCAGCUUCCCAAGGGAAUCUAGCCACUCAACAAAUGUUUGACUCCUCAGGGUUAAGUGGUUUAGGGUCUUUAGGUGGCCUUAAUUUACCGACAUCUACAAAUGGAUCUCAAGAUACAAAUCUUCAAAGUUUAUUGGCCUCUAUGAACUCUCAGAACACAGGGUUGGGUAUGAACGUGCAGAACCUAGCAACACUGGCAGCCAUGACAGGUGGCAGCUCAACGGGACUUCAGGCUCUCACCCAGCCAGGUAUCACACUCCCUACCUCUCCCAGCUCUCCCUUCACUCUCACCGACCCAGCAGAAAUGUUUCUUAAGCCGGUGGUGGUUGAUGCAGGAUUAAGUAGAUGUUGCCUGGAGGAAAGUAAAAUUUUACAUGACAGCAAGAUCCCAGAAGAGUACUAUAUUGUGCUGACAGGGCUCACAUCAUCUACCAGUGGAUUUCCAAACAAUGUAACUGCAGCUGCGGCAAGUUUAGGAGCGGCAGCAUCCUCUAAUCCAGCUGGCAAACAAAUAGAAGGUCCUGAUGGUGCGAAUCUUUUUAUCUAUCAUCUCCCACAAGAGUUCUCAGAUCAGGAACUUGCCCAAGCAUUUUGGCCCUUUGGUAAAGUUAUCUCUGCAAAAGUAUUCAUCGAUAAACAAACCAACCUCUCCAAAUGCUUUGGUUUUGUGUCCUAUGACAAUGCAUUGGAUGCUCAGCGGGCAAUCCAGCACAUGAAUGGACAACAAAUUGGUAACAAGCGCUUGAAGGUGCAGCUGAAGCGCUCAAAAACAGACUCCAAGCCAUAUUAACAGCUGCCAUGUUGUGCUGUUCUGCCCCGUGCCCCGUAUUGCCUGCCGUCCGUAUAACAGUGUCUACGUCCUUCUCCCAUCUUCGUAGCACGUCUCAUGCGUACGUAUGUAUACGUAUGUGUAUGCCAUGUGGUUGUAUACACUGUGCAGCUGCUGUAAAAUCACUCAAGCUAGCAGAAAACUAUACUAACCUGUCAUCAAACCUAUCAUCAUAAAAAAUAUCAGAGCUGUAACUGGACUCACAGCAGUGCUCGUCUUAAAACACAUUUAUUGUCUCUGGACAACCUCACCAAAAAAUAAAGCUAAUACUGCUUUUUUGUACAAAUGAAAAAUUUAUAAGAUUAAAUGCAUUUUUAGUAGAUGUUUACUUAGGGGUAAAUAAAAAAUGUAUACUGUCUUUUUAUCAUCUUAUACCAAGUUUAUUACAUAAGAGAUGGAUUAAAUUCAUAGCUAUGUAAAAAGAUUUAAUUGUCCAACAUUAAUAUCUUUGAUAUUGGUGAGUGAACACAUUUUAGAAAUAUAAAGGUAGCUUUACUUGCACAGAUUAUUUUUAUCUUUUGAAAGGAUUGAUUUAAUUUACGAUAAUUUUCUAUGAAAAGAAAAAUUAUUUUGGAUGGUCGCUAACCAUUUUUUUAGUAGAAGCUGUAGCUACAAUUAAAUGGCAGCUUUGGAAUUUCUUACAUUUGAGAUGAAAGAAGAGAUCAUUAGAUGACAACUCAUGUACUAUGUGCCAUGGCUCCUUAAAAACAAAACACACUAGAUGGUAUAUUGUGUUUUCAAUAUAU